AAAUUUUUAUGUGUACUUUACGUUAUUAAUAAUAAAUAUGUAACUUCAAUAUAAAUUAACCAAAUUUGUUUUCCGAACAAAGCAUGUUUAUAAUUCAAAUGAUACAAUAACCUCAACACACAUAGCGUCUAUAUUUCAAAAGUUUGUUUUUAUAAAAUAUGGCAAAUAUAAUCGAUUCUCUUAAAAAACUUAGCAUGGAGAACGGUACAGCGAAGCAGAACAACAUGUCUACGAAGAAGAAAAACGAAUUGAUAUUAUCGGUAGAAGAGGCGGUGUCUUUGCAAAAAAAUUAUGUUUUAGCGGUUUGUGGAACUCAAAGUGAACCAGAAUUCAGAAUUGGCACUGCCUUAUCCGAUCAUUCGUGUGUCAUAUAUACAGUCGGAGAAACUUUAAGUAGGACUAUCACGUUAACUCAUAAUAAAGCUACUAUAGUUGGAAUCAAAUUCAGUCCUAUCUCUAAAAAUGUUAUAUAUAUGGCAACUAAUAAUGGAGUAAUUACUGCAUAUGAUUUACGUGCUAAAGGAAAAGCAGUUGCAGAAUUUAAAGAUACUUCAGAAGAUGGAAAAAUAAAACCAUUAGCUAGUUUUGAUAUAAGUUGUGAUGAAAGAUUAAUCGCUGGUGGAACUGAACAUAUCGGUGGAGAUGCGUUUAUUUUAUUUUGGGAUAUUAGGCAUAGUAAUUCUAAAGUAGAAUCUAAGGGUAAUAAUCUUCUUGGUGGUUAUUGGCAGUCACAUAUGGACGAGGUGACUCGUUUAUCAUUUCAUCCUGAUAAACGAGAUAUAUUGGCAUCCGGUAGUGUAGAUGGUCUUAUUAAUAUUUUUGAUCUGACACAACCUACGGAAGAUUUGGCAUUAAGAUAUUCAUUAAAUACCGAGUCAUCUGUAGAUGGAUUAGGCUGGAUGAAUAAUGACAACCUGUGGUGUACAACGUUCACAUCAUCGUUACAAUUAUGGGAUUAUGAAGGAGUUACUCCAUAUAAAAUGUUCAAACGUAGCUGUUUAGCAAUUACACAAGACGAUGAACCAGAUAAUUGCUACAUAGUUAAGUUUCAUCCUUCGAAUGCGCUUGGACAGCCAUUCCUGUUAGCAGGUUCAGAUAAUGUUAAAGGCAAAAACUUGAGAUGUCUAAGUAUCGCAAAUGAUCAACUAGAAAUCUGUUAUAAUCUGGUCGGAAAUAAACAAUAUGUAAGAGAUAGUUGGUUACAUGAAAAGAGUAACUCUUUAAUAACCGUCGGAGAAGGUGGUAUAGUAAAUAUUUGGAGACAAUCAGAGUCCAAUGGCGUUCAAAAUAAUACAAGCCAGAAAUUAUUAACCAAAAUUGGCAGUGGAAAAAGUCGGGAACGUCAGCAUAGAAGCAAACCAUAUUAAUUGUAAGCAUUAAU